GACUGGAUAAGGACGCACUGAAGGGCUCUCUACCUCACACUGUGAAGUGAAGGAAACUGACGGAUUUAUGAUCAUCUUUAAGUGAAUAAUGACAGGUGAAGCUCGCCCUCAGGUGAACCAUGAGUGUUCUCCUCCCGCCCGCGAACAGAGCGGACGAAGCGACGCGACGCGACGCGACGCGCUGCUCUCCUUCUGGCUCGCGGGGGUCUCGCGCCGCUGUGAGACCAACAGGAACAGCUUCAACACGGUUUCUGCGUCACAGAGACAACUUCCUGUAGGGGGUCAGACCGUCAGACCGUCAGUCAGACCGUCUCAGAGCAGCCGCACGGCGGAGCUGGACGCACUUCUGCUGAGAGUUCACCGGCAGACGCUCGGCGGAGAUGAGGACCGUGUUGUCCGUGUGAGCGGCGAACCGACAGCCAGGUGUGUGUGUGUCUGUGUGUGUGUGUGUGUAUCUGUGAGUGUUGUGUUCGUCCGGUGACAAAGACACAAACGUGUCAGGCUGUUCGGAGGUGAGACCACGAAAUCUACAAGCGAAGACAGACGCGAAAACAUGAAGGAGCGUCUGAAGGAGAAACCUGAGUCCUGAUGACAGAUGACACGUUAAAGCCUCACAGCUCCAACCCGUCCAGAGACCCAGUGGGUCAGAACACAGAGGUCGUCGUCAUCGCACCAUGUGUCCGCCAGACUCAGGACCUCCGGCUGCCCAGCCCGCCGCCCUGGACGGUGGGUGGGGCUGGGUGGUGGUGCUGUGCAGCUUCAUGGCUCUGCUGCUGGGGUACGGCUCUCCUCAGUCGCUGGGCAUCCUCUACCCCGAGUGGCUGCUCACCUUCAGGGAGGGGAAGGCCAUGACGGCCUGGGUGGGCUCCCUGGUGGCCGGAGGAGGACUCAUAGUGGGUCCCGUCUGCAGUGUUUGCGUGGUGAACUUCGGGGCUCGGCCCGUCGCUGUCUUCAGCGGUGUGAUGGUGGCGGGGGGGUUCAUGCUCAGCGCCUUCGCUCCCAACGUCUCCUUCCUCAUCUUCUCUUACGGCAUCGUGGUUGGUGUCGGUAACGGUCUACUGUACGCUGCCGUCGUCGUCAUCGUCUGUCUGUACUUUGACAAGAAGAGAGGCGUGGCCCUGGGGAUAAUACAGACAGGUACGAGUGUGGGCGGCGUCCUGUACUCUGUGCUGCAGGGCGAGCUCAUCCAGCUGUUCGGUGUGGACGGCUGCCUGCUCGUUGUCGGAGCGUUGGCGCUCAACGUAGUGGCAUUCGCCGGCCUCAUGCGACCUUUGACCCCGUCCAAAUACUACCUCCAACAGCACGCUGCCGUCUCAGGGCGGGCGGCUGAGGAGCCGUCCAAUCAGAAGCCUUCAGCCAAAGAUUUAGUUAUCGCCAUGGAAACCAAGGAACUGCCAGUCACAUGUUCAGCCUCCAUCAAGAUCAAGACAAGACGAUAUUGUCAGUGUUUGUUCUCCAUGCUGUCCGUCCUUCAGGACAGAGUCCUCAUGGCGCUGUGCGUCUCCCUCUUACUCUACUGUCUCGGUCAGUUCCCCCCUCAGCUCUUCCUGGAGGACCUGGCUCGGAGCUCCGGGCUGACGGACGGCGUCUCCUCCAUGUCCCUGGUCUCCCUCAACUCCAUUGGGAGCAGCGUGGGUAAACUGGCGCUGGGCAUCAUAGCCGACCUGCCGCAGGUCAACAGCGUCCUCCUGUAUGCUCUGACAGUCGGAGUGAGCGGGCUGGGAGUGCUGCUCAUCCCCCUGAGCAGGUCGUACCUGGACCUCCAGGUGCUGUCGGUGGUUCUGGGCUUCAUGGCCGGGAACUGGACCCUGACGCCGUACGUCACCAGUCAGGUGGUCGGCACGGAGAAACUCGCCGAGGCUCAUGGGAUGCUCAUGUUCUUCGGAGGCGUUGGCCUCAUGCUGGGUCCUCCUGUCGUAGGAUGUUUCUAUGACUUCACUCAGUCGUAUGACAUCGCCUUCUGCCUCAGCGGCGGCUGCCUGAUAGUUGGCUGCCUCACUCUCUUCCUUGCCGCCAUCCUGCCGCGAAGAGAAAACACUCGUCCUCCUCCUCUUCUUCCUCUACAUGAGACUGAGCUCAUGAGCUGCACUGUUACCAUAGCAACAGAUGCAGCCUCACAGGUCUGACAGACUUGAACAAGUCUGCAUCCUGAUGUUCAUGUUUACAAGGAGUUCCUCCUGAGCCAAUGAGUCAAAUCAGACGUUUGUUGUUUUUUUUACUUGAUUCUGAAAAGAUAAAGAGUCACAGGGCAGCGAGUCGAUCACAGAGAGAUCUGUCCUCUCACUGGACUCUUCUGGACUGAUCUUUGUUGCCUGGAAGACAAAACUCAGGGAGACAGAAGCUUAACUUCAGGUCUUUUCUGAACUCGAGUCUUUUUAAAACACAUUUCCAGGUCGGUUGAAGUUUUGUGUCAGAUAUCAGAAAUAAAAGUCUUCCUGUGAGUGAAUUCUCAGGGUUUUUAACUUUGUGACCUUUAAUUUGUUCCCAGCGUCAGUGUGAGCUGACGGACUGAGAGUCAGAUGUUUCAUUCUAAAUGGACUUUAUGUGUCCAGUCGGACCUGAAGUGAUGAAGCCUGGAGCAGUUUGUCUUUCAUUGGAUCGUUUUUUGUGUCGUUGUAGUUUAAAUUCAUUCGACUGAGGAAUGUUUUUUGUAAGAUGUUUGUCUCUUUGCUGUUUCUGUUGUUGCUGUCGCUCAUUUUCUUGAAGAAAAGGUCCAUCAUCCUGAUCACUGAGUGUAAAACUGAGAGUUGAUAUGAAGAAAAUAAAAUAAAGACUGUUUGGAUCUCAUGAUAA